AUGCAUUAGCCUUAUCAACAUAAUUAGUAUGAUAGCUAAGCCCAGUUUAAUAAUCAAGCCUUACCCAAUUCAAACGAGUACAUGCAUUAGUUUAAUAUGACUCAGUAGCAUCCUCCAAAAGCUCCUAUUUAUGCAAACUCAUUCAAUUAGUAGCAAUAAAUUUCUUCCUAUUAAGAUGAGGAGCCUGAAAAUGCUAUAGAAUAAGAAAGAGAUAAUUAAUUUUAAGACUAGUGCUAACCUAUGAAACCAUUUUCUUAAAAUUGUUUUGAUUUUGCAUCAAGUAGGUACACUAUUCAGUAGCAGCCAUCUUCCAGUAACUUGGUAAAUGGUAGCGCUAGUACUUUGAAUCUGGUAUCGUAGCAGUAACCUCAAUCACUAAAGGAGCUGGAAGAGAGUAAAUGCCAUUCCAGUGAUUUAGCUAAAUUUUGUAGUAAAAAAUAAUAGAUAAUUGAAGGAGAAUAUAUUUGUGGUAAAUAAUUUAAGGCCUAAUAGGAUAUGUUAUUUUAAUAAGCAUAAAAUAAUGUGAUUCUACCUUUAGAAAAGUAAGAGGAGUCCUCAUAAAACUAAUUAGAAGACUCUGAAGAGCACAAAGGAGAGAAGAAGAUAUCUCCUCUCAGAUAAUUUAAGAAAGCCAUUUCCAAAGAUAAAAAAAGUGUUGUUGCAUUCAGCUAGUGUUCAAUUAAACAAAACUCUUCUAACCAACUUUCCCACCAUUCUUCUUAAUCUCACUCAACUUCUUCCUCUGUCUCCAGAGAUUCCUUUUCUUCAUAAUCUUCUUCUUCUUCUCUCUAAAAUUAACAAGAAUACGAGCAACAUGAAAGCCAGCAAUCCAACACUGCUUUCAAUUAUAGUCUAGUUCCUCUCUCUAAAAACGUUCAAAACAAGGUCAGUAUAUCAGGUUUUGGUGAUUGCCAUGUAGAGCUGAAUGUUGAGAGAGAUUUCACUGCUGAUAAUCGCUUUGUUGCAUUCAAAUAUUGGCGUCCCUGCUAAAAUUAUGCUAUUGAUUAAAACUCAUUAAUUUCACGUUUUUAUGUUGAACCUAACUUCAAUACGCGUACAUCUGACUUCUCAUCAUGCAUUUAGAUUUAUAAAAACUACCCUGAUUAAAAUAUAAGAAGAUGGGGAUAGGUACUUGAUAUGUAUUAAAAGUGGACCUCUAUCCUCUAUAACGAAGCAGACUAUUUCUAUAAGAAGUUGAAUGCUAAUCCUUAACUGAAAUAAUAUUUCGAAGAAAAAAUGGAAAUAUUUAUGAACGAGGCUCUUAAAAGAGUUAAUUAAUACCUGUUAGAUGAAUAAGGAAGCAGCAAAAAGUAGCUUUUUUGCUAUUCUUUGAGAAAGUUAAACGAAGAGUACAAGGAUAUUGGAAGUAUUUAAUAUGGUUAUAGCAAAGGCUUAAUCGAUAUCUUAGGUCCUGAUCCUAGCGAAACCAGGUUAUACUUGCAACGUUAUGGAUUGAACUACUUCUUCGACUAGAAAACUCGUAUUGAAAGAUACAUUCAUGAUUUCUAAUACAUACAACAAGGUGGAUAAAUUUAUGAUACUGUCAAUGUAAUUACACUCGAUAAGAUUUAAAUAGAAUUAAAAGUCUCCAACUAAUACAUUUAUUAUGAUUUCUUCUAAGAUCCCCUAGCAAAGGAGGUAUUCGGAGAUUUCUCAGAAUGUGCUCGUCUUGUUAGAAAAUUUGCAGGCUGCAAAAUGGAAAUUUUCGAAAUAGAUCCUUUGCAAUAGUAAAAACUCCAAGUAGAGCGUCAUAUAUAUAAACCGAUUUAUGAAAAGGAAAAAUACUUGACAUUUGAUGACUAACUGCUUUCUCUCUACUAUAAAAAUGAAGUUAAAAAGAUAACUCAAGCAAAAAAUAAUAAAAAACAAUCAAAAUCAAGUAUGCAAGAUAAUUAAAUCAUAGAAAUUAAUUAGAAUCCUCAAUAAGUCGACACAAACUUUGAAGAAUUCGGUUACAAUCCCUUUGAAAAUUAUAUGUCCUUUGAAAAGAAGGAAGAAGACAAUUAAGCUUUUUUACUCAGUGAUGAGCAUUAAGAAUAUUGA